ACGUUCACGGUGACACCACUUCCGUGUUGUGUCGUCAGAUUUUGUUUUGCUAACGCCGGCGGAUAAACACAACUCGGACUGCCACGUAUUUCGGGAAAUGUAACUUUCUCUCUGCUGCGUAUUGCGUUUCAGUUUGUCUCAUUUUCACAUACCCCCACCCAGCUUGUUAUAUUUGUCUCGGUUAUGUGUCCUCAUGAAUAAGCUAGUUUGCUCAUGCUUCUCACGUCAAAUCAAGCUAUCAAGCCAACAAGGCAGGCCAACGAGUAAACGUAAAUUGUUGCCGUCGACACAUUUAAGUCAAUUUAUCAUGCAAAAUGGGAUAAUUGCAGAAGAUGCGGAACGCUCUUCAUUUGAGUAAUUUUUUGUGUGUCUUGUCGGGUGCUAGCUAGCUUUAGCAGAACCUCGUGCACGUUCACGCUUGCACAAUUUAACGAAACGACAGGAGGUUGGAUGUUUGUGGACCAAGUCAAGCUAUGAUGAUGCUCCGGCGUCUCCUGAGGAAGCGCUGGGUGCUGGGAAUCGUCUUCGGGCUGUCGCUUAUCUACUUCCUCACCAGCACGUUGAAACAGGAGGAGCGAACCACUCGGGACCGCACCCUUCUGGAGGUGAGGGACAUGGAGCUUCGCGUCCCCUGGAAAUUGCGCUUUAACCUGGGCAACAGCAGCCGACAGAUGGGGCACUGUCGUAACUCCAUCCAGGGCAAAACGCUGCUCACCGAUGAGCUGGGUUACGUGUGCGAGCGAAAAGACUUGCUGGUGAACGGCUGCUGCAAUGUCAACGCGCCUCGCAGCAGGCAACACGUCUGCAAAAGCUGCCUGCCCAACGGUUGCUGCAGCGUUUACGAAUACUGCGUGUCUUGUUGCCUGCGGCCAGAUAAGCAAGCCCACCUGGAGCGCUUUCUGAACCGCGCCGCCGAAGGCUUCCAGAACCUCUUCACCGCCGUGGAGGACCUCUUUGAGCUAUGCCUGGCCAAGUGUCGCACCUCCUCGCAGAGCGUCCAGCAUGAGAACACAUACCGGAACCCCCAAGCCAAGCACUGCUACGGCGAAAGUCCUCCAGAGCUCCUUCCCAUCUGAACGCCGUCUCCGAGCACCACAAGAAAGACUUUUUGCUGCCUUUUUACCCUUAAAGCACACGAACAACAAAUCCACGGUUUACACUUGAGAAGCGCAUCCGGCCGUGAUGUGACGGUUGUCAGUUCCGAGGCAGCGGCUGUGACCUCCGCCAAGGAUGUGGCAGGCACGUUACGGAUUGAUCAAAGUUAGUUUGUAGUGGAAGUGUGGCCCGCUUAGCAAGGAGUAUUUGGGGCCACGGUGAAGGACGGACAGCAAUUACACCAUGCAGGUUGUCAUGUUUUUGUGAAACAGCUUAGCAGACAUUUAACAAAUAAUAAUAAUAAUGAGUGGGCUUUUUUUUUAAGGGGUGAGGGGCAAUGUUUUGUUUUGUUUUAUGCAAAGUGCAUUUAAGUUACAGGAGUUUAAGGGGGGAAAAAAAUGGGGUGAGUUUCAGAAAAGCAGAUUUAUUUUAUUUUGAAUACUGGUCAGUAACAAAUUUGUGCCCCAAGAUUUUUUUUUUUAACCGAUUUACAACAAUUUCAUUGUACUGGAUUCAAAUUUUUUCUUUUUUUGCUCAUACAGGUCAUCUUUUUGAACUAUAGCCAUGUGGGUUUUUUUCUCUACACGUUGUUUUGUUUACAUGUACAUUUUAUAUUGGCUAUAUUUUUACAUUUGUGUAUUUUUCAUUUGCUAUAUUUAUUGACAGGUAGGCCUACUUUUAGAAGUGUCUGCUAUUCGAUUUACUCCCAGUAAAGUUAGUAAAAUUGAAUUAAACGGUUUCUCUUAAAA